GUAUCGAUAUCUUCUAUACUCUCUAAAUUGCUAAUUGAUUCUAAUUCUUGUGGACCCCGCUUCCACACAUAGAUUUGUUGCAAUAAAAAAAAACUGAAAUCACACAUCACGCGUGGGCACCGUUAGAUCAAAAUCAGACGCCUCUGAUUUAACUUUAAUAUUUUCCGUAAUAUAAAAUAUAAAUAAAAUAUGUUUUCUUAAACCGUUUGAUUAAUAUCGACGGCGAUGGUGUUUUAACAGUGUGAUUAUGAGAAAAACGUGACUGUAAAGAACCGUUUUCCCAACAACUUUCUCUUCAGGUUUAUUGUAUGAGCUUCAUUUCAAUUUCAGUUUCAGUUUCAUUUACAUUUCAAUUUCUCUUGUCAAGGUUAUUAUUUCAGUUCAUCUUUCUUUUGUUCACUGAAACAAGAGCACUUCAAGCAUGCAUUAUUUUGAAUCUGAAGAUGAUGAUGAUAACUGUGAUGAUUCUGUUAAAGAGAUGGAUACUGUUGCAUUGCCAGUUAAGAGAAAAUUGUUAGUUAAUCGCAAUCCCUUGCACGGUUCGGAUAAGAAAUCCAAAGUGUUUCCAUCACCGGUUUACGAUGAUGAUGAUCCUAUUUCCCGGAGAAUUAACAACAGGCCUGCUAUGUCGACGGAUAAAUCGUUUUCGUUUUUGAAGGAAAAACUUGUGUUUGUAGAAAAGUCAUUUGAGGAAUGCAAAAGGAAGAGGAGAGUGGAAGAGAAGAGAUUGAAGUCCAUUGAGAGAGAUAUUGUAGAGUGUGACAAAGAGCUUGAAAAUAAGAAGAACUUAGGUGGUAGUGUUCGAAGAAUUAAUGAAAUUUAUGACAAAAUGAUGGGGAAAAUUGAAGGAUGUGUUAAGGAUUUUGUAGUAAAGGAGGCACAACUGUCUUUGAUAGAGGACUUGAUUCGAGAGCGGAAGCAAGAGCUUAGGGUAAAAGAGAUGGAACUUUGUCAAGUUAUGAAUAACGUUUCGAAAGAGAGGGAAUUUGAAUGCCAGAUGAAGGAGCUGUUGGAUGAUUUGAUGUUAAAACAGAAGCAUUUCGAAAGGCGAACCAUGGAGCUUGAGUUUAAAGAGAAGCAACAUGAAGGUCUAGUGGUGAAAUGGGAAUUAAAAGAGAGAGAAUUUGAAGGCCAAAUGAAGGAGCUUGAAUCAGAAAAGAGGCAUUUUGAAAGCCGAGUGGAUGAACUCAAAGCAAAAGAAAGGCAGUGGAAAGGACAAGUUAAGGAACUUGAGUCUAAAGAGAAAUUACUCGAUGGCCGAGUGAAGGAGUUUGAUUCGAAAGAGAAUGAAUUUGAAGGCCGAGGGAAGGAGUUUGAGUCAAGAGAAGAUGAAUUCCAAGGCCGAGUGAAAGAGCUGGAAUCAGAGAAGAAGCAACUUGAUGGCCGAGUAAAGGAGUUUGAUUCAAAAGAGGAUGAAUUCGAGGGCCGAGUGAAGGAGCUGGAAUCAGAGAAGAAGCAUUUCGAGAGCCGACUGAAGCAGCUCGAAUCAAAAGAAAAUCAAUUCAAAGAACAAAUGAAGGAGUUCAAGGAAAAAGAGGAGGAGUUGAGAGGUCAAGUAAAGGUAUCUAAAUAUGCAGCUACAUCUUACAUGGAUGAUGAAUCAAGUCCUCCAAUUGAUGAAACAAGUUUGCAGUUGGUCUCCUGUGAGCAAUCUGACAUUCUAGCUAAUCUGCGAGAAUCAUCGGAUCCAGCGAAAGUGGUUUUGGAUAUAAUAAUGAACCCUAUUCUUCCACUUUGUGACAAGAAAGGAGUCAAUGCUGUGAUUAUUGAUAAUAGAUGCAUCUACCUGCUAGAACUACUGAUGAAAAUCUCACCAAAUAUCAAACCUUGUGUAAGAGAAGAAGCAAUGAGGCUAGCAAUUGAUUUGAAAGCUACCAUAAAAGAAAAUACUGAAAACUCUUUGGCGGUUCUCGGUUUUCUACUGGUUUUGUCAAUUUAUGGAUUGGUUACUUCUUUCGAUCAAGACGAAGUUUCGGAGCUUUUUGCAUCUGUUGCUCAGCACAGGAUAGCUUGGGAGCUGUUUAGGCCCCUUGGGUUUUGCAAGUAAAGCUUAUGAUUUUGCUGAGAAACUUAUCAGGAAGCAAUUUGAUUCUGCUGUGCAUGUUACUUGGCUUAGAAGAAUCAACUAGAUUUUGCAGAUAUAGCUUCCUGAAAUAUGUACUUUUCAACCUCUCAAAUUCAGUUCCAAAUAUUCACUUAAAUCUUCUAUUUAUCUAUUUAUAAUCUAUUAAAUUAGAACCAUAAAA